ACAAUCGUUGCCUCGUCCGUUGAUGCAGUCGAGAAGGUCCUCAAGACAUAUGAUCACAUCUUUGCUAAUAGGCCUCAUCAUGAGGCAUCUCAACAUUUGGCUUGUGGCCAAAAGAAUUUGGUAUUUGCAAAGUAUGAUGUGUAUUGGCGCAACAUACGAAAAUUGUGCACAGUGCACCUUUUGAGCAAUCAAAAGAUCAAUUCAUUUCAAUCCAUGAGAAAACAAGAAGUUGAACUUCUUAUUGAGUCGCUUAAAAAGGAAAGCUAGUGAUCGUGUAGUUGUUGAUCUUAGUGCAAAGGUUACGUCCUUGAAUGCUAACUUGACUUGCUUAAUGGUGUUUGGAAAGAAGUACAUGGAUGAGGACUUGGAAAAAAGGGGAUUCAAAGCUAUUGUUCAAGAUGUUGUGCAUUUAUCAGCAACACCAAUCUUGGUGAUUUUUUCCCCUUCCUUGGUGCUAUUGAUCUCCAGGGUAUCACUCACAAGCUCAAGGAUCUUUCGAAGGUGUUUGAUGAGUUCCUUGACAAGAUUAUUGAUGAACACGUUAACCCUCAUGAACAGAAACAAAAUAAGGACUUUGUGGACACCAUGAUGGACAUAAUGCAAUCUGGAGAAGCAAAAUUUCAGUUUGAUCGUCGUCACAUAAAAGCUAUCCUCUUUGACAUGCUUAUAGCUGCAAUGGACACUACAGCAUCAUCAACGGAAUGGAUACUCACCGAACUUCUUAGGCACCCCCAAGUGACGAAGAGACUUCAAAAGGAGUUGCAAGAAGUGGUAGGCUUCGAUAGAAUAGUGGAAGAAUCCGACCUGGAGAAUUUAAACUACUUAGACAUAGUUGUCAAAGAGGGCCUGAGGCUGCAUCCUGUAGCGCCACUAUUUUAUCAUGAGUCCAUGGAAGAUUGUGUAGUCGAUGGUUUCCACGUACAAAAGGGAUCCCGAAUCAUAAUAAAUUGUUACGCGAUUCAUAGGGAUCCAAAUGUUUGGCCUGAGCCUGAGAAGUUUUCGCCUGAGAGAUUUGUUGGGAGCAGUGUAGAUUUUCGUGGACGCGACUUUCAACUGCUACCAUUUGGCUCUGGGAGAAGAAGCUGCCCUGGGAUGCAGUUGGCAGUUACCAUUGUCCGCCUUGUGGUGGCACAGUUGGUGCAUUGCUUUGAGUGGGAGCUUCCAAAUGGUAUUGAGCCUUGUGAUUUAGACAUUGAUGAGAAGUUUGGGAUUGUAACAUGUAGAGAUAAGCCUUUGCUGGCUAUUCCUACUUAUAGACUAAAGAAAUGAUGCAAAUACAAUGCAUAUAA